AUGACCUUCCAAAGCCGCUUGUCUGAUAGAACUUAUGCGCCACCGCUGACAACGACUUUCAUACCAUCUACGCAGACAUCCGGCGCCCCCGUUUUAGUCGUCGGUGACGAGGAAGGCUCAGUCUCAUUCCUUGACGCACAGCCGCGCGCCAAACAGCGAUCAAAUCGCCGCUUGGUUGGAUACCUUGAAGCGCACGAUAAUGCGAUUUUUGAUCUGAAAUUCAGUUGCGAUUCGGCUCAAUUCUGCACGGCAUCUGCCGAUCAAGAGAUACGUAUUUGGGAUACGCGGACGCAAGCACAUGUCGGGACGUGCCACGGACACACUGGAUCGAUUAAGGCACUUUCUUGGAGUAACUUCUCAGACUCAAUAUUCGCGAGUGCUGCCAGAGAUGGUUCUGUUCGGGUAUGGGAUACGCGGACGUCCUGUCAAAAAGAAAGCGCGGUCAUACACACGGAUGGUCCACGUGAAAUCGAUCCAAUGCUGACGAUUGACAAAGCUCAUGCAUCUGCUUCCGAGUUGAGGAAGCGUAAUAGCAUAGGGAGAAGCGUGACACGGUCUGUCACUUCAAUCGCGUAUUUGCAACACCAGGAUAACUUACUCGUCAGCGCGGGCUCAGCUAACGGUUCGGUCAAACUCUGGGAUAUACGCACGGCAUCAGGCAAAUCCUCCAAAUCUGCUAAACCAGCAUCUGAAACCCCAGACAUGACAGAGAACAAUGGUCGUCCACACGGUGUGUCUCACUUGGCAGCUGAUGGAUCGUGGCUUUGGACACUCUGCACGAACUCAAUUAUAUAUGGAUACCCUACUAACAAUCUCACAUCAGAGGCACGCAUACAACUCAAAGACGACGAACUCACCUGCGCUUCCUUUUGGGUCCGCAUGGCUCUCUCUCCAGACUCACGGUAUCUCAGUUGUGGAAGCAAAAAUGGUACGGUCUUUAGCUGGGAUAUCUCUAACUCAAAGCGCGCGCAACAAUCUCAAGACAAAGCCGUCAAACUCUUUCACUCGAAAGGCACGAAUGGAACGAGCAAUGAAGUUGGUUCUGUCGACUGGGCAGACGAUGUCCUGGCUAGUUGCUCAGAUGAUAUGUCGGUGCGGUUCUGGAGACCACAGCCUUAG